AUGUGUCUACACUUAUCCUACUUGAUUGUUUACUCCAUAAUUUGUAAUCUUAACUGUACGCAAAUUAACACAUGCAAUGGAUUUUACUGCGAUCAAUUCAAACCAAACUCUAACUCGAAACCAAAAAUGUGGACUGAGAACUGGAGUGGAUGGUUUCUUUCGUUUGGUGGUGCUGUGCCUUACAGACCAGUGCAAGAUCUUGCUUUUGCUGUGGCACGCUUUUACCAGCGAGGUGGAACUUUUCAGAAUUACUACAUGUACCAUGGAGGGACUAAUUUUGGCCGAACUACUGGUGGACCUUUCAUCUCUACUAGUUAUGAUUAUGAUGCUCCAAUUGAUGAGUAUGGUAUGGAUUCUUUAAACCUUUGUAUCUCAUAUUAA